AAACCCAACCAGGCAAAUUAAAAAAUGGGAAGAAAAUGACGCUCAAACUCAACAAGACAUAUAUGGCAGGAUAGAAUGGAAAUUUAUGAGAAGAAUGAUGAGUGCCUUGGCUAUGACUCCCGGUGGAUUGAGAAAAUAAUGAAUUGCAUCACUUCAGUUUCCUUCUCGGUCUUAAUCAAUGGGGACCCUAGAGGCAAAAUCGCUCCUCAACGGGGACUGAGACAAGAUGAUAGCUUCAUAUUCCUUAACGCCAACAAGAGUGAAAGAGAGAAACUAGCUUCAGUGUUGCAUGAAUAUUCUAAACUAUCGGGGCAGAGUAUGAAUCUUGAUAAAUCAGAGCUUUGUGUAGGGAAAAAUACUUCUCAAGAAAGGGGCAGAGAACUGGUGGAGGCAAUUGGGGUGAAACUUGUCGAUUGUCAUACUAGAUACUUGGGGAUGCCUGCCUUUGUAGGGAAGAGAAAGAAAGAAGAUUUUGCUGCCAUUAAACAUAAGGUGUGGACCAAGCUCAAAGGUUGAAAAGAAAGUUAUUUUCACAGGCAGGUAAGGAGAUUCUUAUUAAAGCUGUCGUCCAAGCAAUCCCCUGCUAUGUUAUGAGUUGCUUUGAAAUUCCAAAAAGUCUGAUCAAUUAACCGCAUUCAAUGGCAGCUCGCUUCUAGUGGGGCUCCUCUCAGAAUAAAAAAAAGAUUCAUUGGUGCUGCUGGGAGAAGCUUUGCAGACCUAAGGCCAAGGGUGGAUUGGGGUUUAAGAAUCGUGAAGACUUUAACAAUGUCUUACUGGCAAAACAAAGCUGGAAAGUAAUACGAAACCCUGAGUCUUGCUUGCUAGAGUACUCAAAGAGUGUUACUUUGUGAAUAACAACAUCUUAGAGGCAAGAGCCAGCUCCCACAGUUCAUAUUUGUGGCGGAGUUUACUGCGGGGAAGAGAUGUAAUCAUACAAGGAGCAAGAUGGCGAAUCAAAAGUGGGCAGAAAGUUAGGAUCAAUGCAGAUAAAUGGCUCCCUAGAGAGACUAGUUUCUCGCUAAGAACAAAGGCAAAUGUACCUG